AUGCCACUCCGCAAGAAUAACCCCAACGACCGCAUGGCAGCUCAGACGCCACCUCCUCGAACUGGAACGGCAGACUCCGGGUACUACGGCAACGAUCAAGACGAAGAUGCCGCGCGACCUCAAUCUAGUGGGGCGGAACGAACCUGGGCCUUCAAUGGAGCUCCGUUUCGUCGACGGUCAAUCUUGGACGUCAACAACCGCCGUACGGCGGAAGUCACAGAAGAAAGCCGUCGUCAACUCGCCGAAAAUGUUCGAGUCCAGCGGGAGCGUCAGGCCGAACUCCAGAGAGCUAUGGAUCAGAGGGACUUAGCUGAGCGAGACGCCGCCGAGCGAUGGAUAGAGGAUGAAGAAGAGCGGCAAGCAAUUGCUGCAAGCGCUCGGGUCGCUCAAGAAGAAGCUGAUCAACGCCAGGAGGAUUUGGACUUGGCUAUCGCCAUGGCGAACAGCGCGGCAGAAGCGGAGGAGGCAGAGCGUCUGGGAGCGAUGGAAGCGGCUUUGGAGGCAAGGCGAGCAAGGGUCCAGAAUGAGUUCGAGGACAGACAGAGAGCUGCUAAUCUUCGUGCCACCCAGGCCGCCGCCCAACUGUCGCUCCAGCAAGAAGCCCAGCGCAAAGAGCGGGCGGCACGAGCAGCUCAAGCGGCUCAAGAAGCGGAGCGACAGCAUCUUCAGGAGGAGGCUGAGCAUCGUCGGGUUGCUGCCGACGUCAAGGCUACUCAAGAAUUGCUCCAACAAGAAGCAGAGGCUCGACGAUGCAAAGAGCGCGCCGCACAGGCAGCUGAAGGGACUCGGAAACGACAAGAAGAAGCAGAAAGGCAAAGUGCAGCUGAACAGCGCGCAUACGACGAAGCAGCUGCCGUCCUCAAGAAAGACCAAGAGGACUUGGACUUUGCCCUAGCGCUGAGCCUCGAGGAAGUCCACGAAGAAGCGGAAGUGGACAGCCGUCCCCAGCAUGCCCUUCCUACUAGUGAGAGUGGCAUUGCUCUGCAGCUGCUUCAGGAGUUCAAGCGUCUCCACGACAGCGUAGAGCGAUGUGAAGCGACUAUACUGGCAUCCGAGCAGCAAGAUGAGUCUCCUCCAAUCGCCCGGGUAGGAGAUCAAGCAGACAUCAGCUUCCAGAAGACUCAGUCACGCUUGUGCUCGCAAGAUGACGACGACGAUGACGAUAUGUUUUUCGAUGCGCCUGAGAGCGCUGCUCUAGUCGACCAGAACGUCGUGCAAAGGCACCUAGCACAAGCUGGCGAAGAUUGGUCCGAUAGGGCCGUGAUGAAUUCGCCUUUGCUUGCGCCCAUGCCACGACCUAUCCCAUUGCAAACUCAGCUAGAGCACCCAGUCCAACCAUCACCUGCUACAGUGAACGAGGAGGACAUGAGGCUGGCAAGGCCUUAUCUGCCAGAGCUGCCUCUGAGGGGCGUUGGAAGCCCAUAUUAUGAGCCAACUAGACCAUCUCGCCAGUCGAAUCUCGUCUCAGAAAGCCCAGCAAAGCUCAAGCACGUACAGGAUGUGAGUCCAGCUCCGUCCUCGCCUCCGAGCACGACGAGCGGCGUUGUCACGCACAGCAGCAGCACCAACCGGCCCAUCACCAUCUAUGGGAACGUGAACAUCAAUAAUGAAAUCAACGUUGUUGUGCCCGCCGAGAACUCGCGAAGUCUGUUGAAGAGAGCUCUGAGUCAGAGUAUCAACAAGGCACGAGGCAAGACGACCGGGAUAGCUACAGUGACGAGCGUAGCUCGAGGACAGACUGAGCAGGUCGCAGCGCUCAUACGGUCAGGCGUGGAGAAUGCAAUGGACAACCUGAACAUCGGGGGUAGUCUCUAUGUGACAAAUGCUGACAGGAGCCUGCGCAUGAUUGAUGAGGCGUACGAGACGUCCAGUCGACCUGAGAGCCGGAGCUCGAAUUCGAGUCUGGUCGCUGAUCUCGAAGCAGUGCAGGAGCGUUUGCGCACACCUUGCUCGUUCCGAAGACAACGGGAGCCCAGUGUCUCUGCCGGCACGGCCGUUGCGAGUGGUGAACACCUCGUCGACACCAAGUCCAUUGACGCCAGUGAGCACAGCCACACGACCUGCGCCUUCUAG